AGAAGGAGCGUGAACCGAGGAGUGCGGAUUCGGAGUUCUGGAGAGAACAGCUUGGGGAGAGGAUGCAAAAGAAGACACUCUAGCACCUGGACCCCCUAAGACCUAGAUAACCAAAGGUUCGUGCAAUUAAUCACUGCAUCGGGCCGAGACGGGACUACUGGCUCCGUGUUGAGCCGCGGCUGGGACCUAAGCUAAAUCUCAGGCAGUUAGAGGCUCCAUGUCCCCACCCUAGGAGCUGAGGAGCCAGGCAGAGCGCGACCCAGAGAGGAGAGUCGGUGCGCGGGUGGCUGGCCCGGAGCGGGUUAGGGUGAUGCUAGGGUCCCCGGCCCGCGAAGUGGGGGGUGCAGAGUUGUUGGAGCGCGGCGCGGUAAUGGGUCUGGAGGAGGCACCUGGACUCUUGAAGUAGGAGAAGCGCCGGGGACAUCUGCAAGGGCCACGCGCAGCAUCGACGUGUAGAAGUCGCGGGGUGGAAGGGGCGUCGCGGGCGGGGCGGGGCUCAGGUGGAGUCCUGUGCACUUCUGGGACUUAGAGGAGCGCCGAAGUCAGAGAAAAGGGUGAUGGGUCCCGCCACCGACGCGUGACGAGGGCUGGGUUUCCAUCAACCCCGCCCUAGAAAAGCUGUGCCCAGAGCACCUGGGAUGUGCGCGCCAGCAGCAGGGACCGCUCCGCUUGGAGCUGAGUUGUCAAUGCUGAUGCCGAGCAAGCCGGAGCCAGCCAAGGUCCAGGUUAUUCCGGAACAAGAACGAGUCUGUGUCUGGAAUGCAGAGGAAUCCGGGACUGUUUGCACCCCGGGACCCCAAAGCACAACAGCAUAAAGAGGACGGCUACCAUCCACUGCUCAGCACAAACUGCCCUGUUUUCCAACCUCCUAACCAAGGUAACCAAGAGUUUGGGGCCUCAUCGGGAGUCAAUUCAUCAGUGUGAUUUCUGAGUCGCCAAGGUCUACAAUUUCGUGCGAGCAUGAAUUCCACAUUGCAUGACCUCAAAGCACUGGGGAGCUGCCCGUCUGCCCAUGCUGAUUAGAAUAAGUAUCUGAGAGACAUUAUCUGAAUUUCUAGGUUCCUUUUCCAUAGGUAUUUGGUGUCAGUAUAAACAACAAACAAAAUCAGCUCUUUGGGGUGGGAGUGAGCGUGGUGCCCCGUGUAUCCCUGGCUGUGCUGGAACUUGCACUGUAAACCAGGUUGGCCUCCAGCUUACAGAGAUCCUGCCUCUGCCUGCCAAGUGCACCACCACUGCCUGGCCCUAAAUAUCAGUGUUUGUAUAACUUGCACAUUAGAUAUAAAUCAUCAGUGUUUUUACAUAAACAUUAGAUUUGCUGCAUUUUUUUGAUUCACAGCUCUCUAUUUACUAUUUAAACAAAGCCGUCUUGUAAAUGAGUAUUCCAACUCCUGCUCUCCCUACCCUUCUCUAGCAUCUGGGAUUUCAGGUGUCCACACCAUACCCAGCUUCUGGUUAGGUCUAGAGUAAAAUUGUUUUCUAGAUUCAUAAUAAAUCAGUUUUGACAACUAAAUUCUCUCUCCUCCCUCCUCCCCUUCUCCUGUACCUCUGCCUCCUCCCCUCCCCGAGAAGAUGUUUCGAGAACAGUAUACCACAGUUACUGAGGGCUUCCACCUCGAGAGGCCUGAGAGCCAGCCUGUCUACAAGAUCGGCAUUUACGGCUGGAGGAAGCGCUGCCUUUACCUCUUCGUUCUUCUGUUGCUAACAACGAUCAUCGUGAACCUCGCUCUCACAAUCUGGAUUCUAAAAGUGAUGUGGUUUUCUCCAAUAGGAAUGGGUCACCUGCAUGUUACAGCAGACGGACUUCACCUGGAAGGGGAAUCGGAAUUUUUAUUUCCUCUAUAUGCCAAGGAAAUAUGCUCCCAAGUGGACUCAUCUCUACUUCUGCAGUCAACUCAGAAUGUGACAGUCAAUGCUCGAAACUCGGAAGGGGAGGUCACAGGCAGAGUCAAAGUGGGUGCCCAGAUGGUGGAAGUCCAGAGCCAGCGCUUUCAGGUCAGUUCUGAAGCUGCCAAGCCACUGUUCACCGCUGAGGAGCAGGGCAUCGUGGUCGGCACCGGCAGGCUGUGGGUGACAGGUUAGAAUCCCCAACUCGGAGUCUAAGCAUGGAUGCCCCAAGGGGGGUUCACGUUAAAGCUCGUGCUGGGAAAAUGGAGGCCCUCUCUCAAAUGGACAUCAUCUUGCAGAGCAGUGAUGGAGUGGUGGUGCUUGAUGCUGAAACUGUUGGUUUGCUCCAGUUGAAGCAGGGAACACGGGGUCCCUCUGGCAACUCUCAUGGAUUCUAUGAGAUUUGUGUGUGUCCUGGCGGGAAGCUGUACCUGUCUAUGGCUGGCGAGGCCACCACCUGCGAGGAAAACAGCCACAUCUGUCUCUGACCACUGCUCUCCUGCAGCGCACCUAUGUUGUCUCAGUGAACCAAGAGCUGUGACCUCAGCCUUUAUGUGCCAAGCAGCUGGAUGGGCACUGGCAGACUCACUGCUAAAGCACUCAGACAGACGCAUGCAGGGGAAAUGGGCCAAUGGAAUUGUUGGGCCCAAACUACCAGGUUUCAGAAUGACACAAAGAGAUGUCAACAACUUAUUCACUGUGCUCUCAUCUUUAUUGCCUCCCUCCACAUCAUGCUGAACUGUUCCCUGGAAGCAAUUGAUGGUACUUGAUGGCAGACACCUAUCUCCUCACCCAUGCACGGCUGGCUGGUGGGUCCUAAAAUGCCCCAACUGUGCACAGCCCUUCCUUCACAUUAAACUCCCAGCACCCCGCUCAGCUGUGUGCAGUGUGCCAGGCUUCACCGAGAUCUCCACAGUCUGAAGGGAAUUUGAGGUUGAUAUGAUUUUCAGUAUGUAGUUAAGGGAAGAAAUUACACAAAUUUAGUCAUGCUUUUUAUAUACAUACCAACAAGCAAUAAAAAAUGACAUUUUUAUUUCA